GUGUGAAACUUUUAAUUCGCAAAAGGGAAAAGCCGCAACAACAUUCAAUCCCAAUUAACUACAACUAACAGUUGGCCACCGCUGCUGGACGAAACCAAAUUGACCGGGAGUGAGACCAGGACGUGACCCAAAAACGAUGCCACAGCAACGGCGCAAGGUGGCCUUUAGCGGCAAGAAGAAGAAGGACCAGAUGUUGCAAAAGCGCAACACAAAAGGUCCCCCAAAGUAUCUGAGGAGCACGCAGGAGUCGUAUGAGGACAGCGAUGUGCCGGAAACGACCAGGAAACUCAUGGAGCAGCCUUUUGCGCGCGGCGGAAACCGAAACAAGAACGUCAAUCGCUAUAAUUUGCAAUUCUACCAGGAGGGCAAAAAGGAACUGGAGCAAAUGAAACAAGAGGGCUUUAAACCGUUCGAGAAACUCAGUCCCGCUCAGCGGGAAGUGGACGACCGAUACUUUGCCGGCUGCGACUUCCCAGUUCGUCCACCUUGGACGCUAACGGAGUCCAAGGAAGAGCUUGAUCGCACCGAGAAUCGCUACUUUAAGGAAUACGUGGACGAGCUGCAGAAAAAGCAGCGUGCUGGAGAUUCGAAGGAGCUUUCGCUGUUUGAGCUGAAUCUGGAAACCUGGCGUCAGCUAUGGCGUGUCCUGGAGUUCUCGGACAUCCUGCUGAUCAUUGUGGACGUGCGCUAUGCCACGCUGAUGUUUCCACCCUCCCUGUACGACUAUAUUAUCAACACGCUAAAGAAACAUGCGAUAGUGGUGUUCAACAAGGUGGAUCUAGUCGAACCGCAUGCGGUGGUGGCUUGGAGGCAAUACUUCCGCGACCGUUACCCCCAGCUACCAGUGGUGCUCUUUGCAUCCUUCCUCCCCCGAUCCCGCAAAGGAAGUCAACGUGGUCCACAGGCUCAUCGCAGGAGUAUGGAAGGAGUGUAUAAUAUCUACAAGGAAUGCCAGCGCUAUGUCCAAGGAGAGGUGGAUCUAACAACCUGGGAGCAGAAGAUACGAGAGGACAUGCGUAGUGAUCAGCUUGACAUCCUGGAUGAAAUAUCAACGGCCGUGGAGGGUGAACUCAAGAUCAGCAGCAGCAUCGACACCACGCCCCACGAGCACGUUAAAUAUCACAGUGGGGUCCUGACCAUUGGCUGCAUUGGAUUUCCCAAUGUCGGAAAGUCGUCGCUGAUCAAUGCCUUAAAGGGACGCAAGGUGGUCAGCGUUAGUCGCACGCCCGGACAUACGAAGCACUUUCAGACAAUUUUCCUCACCCCACUUGUUCGCCUCUGUGAUUGUCCCGGUCUAGUCUUUCCCUCGAGUACUCCCAAAAGCCUGCAAGUGCUGCUGGGCAGUUUCCCCAUAUCGCAACUGGCUGUUCCAUACCGCUCCCUGAAGUUUCUCGGCGAACAUCUGAAUCUACCACAGCUUCUGCGUCUCCACCUGCCCGAGGAUUACGAUGAGUGGUCUGCGGUGGCCAUCUCCGAUGCUUGGGCAUAUAAGAGGGGAUUCCUCACCGCCAAGGCAGCCAGGCCGGAUCGCUACCGGGCCGCGAAUCAUAUCCUUCGCAUGUGCCUGGCCGGCCAACAGAUGUUGGUAUUGCAGUUUUAUCCGCCCGGAUUUGAGGAGCGACGUGAGCACUGGCUCCAACAUCCCGAUGUGGGGGAGGUCAAGAAGUACCAGCAAGUCGAAUUAGAUGAGCCGGAGAGCGAGACCAACGGCGACACAUCAUCCGUCUGCUCGGAUACUGCCGACAGCGAGGAUGAAGACGAGGACAGCUCCAAUGACGAGACCAAUGCUGAUGAGGAGGAAUGUGGCAUCAGGGAAGACGCACCCAGGUCUCGGAACGUGUUUGCUCUGCUGGAGGACGAUUAAAAGUUGCAUUUACUGAUUUUGUUAUUGCAUCACUAGUUUACACCUAUAAUUUAUUAUUACGCUAUACAAUGUUUUGCUAACAAUAAACUACAACACC